AUGGCAGUGCAGGGCAGGUCGAAGAGCGCAGAGGUGGCAUUGCCGCCGAUAGCUGCGCUGUUCGUCGUUGUCUUUGACCGCAAGGUAGGCUACACGAUAGCAUGGCAACGUGCCAUUCCUGACCGUGUGUCCCCUGGUCUCAUCGCAUCCCGUCCGUAUACUGACAAGUGCANNGUCAAGCUGGAUGGUGUCGUUGAAUACAAGUCGCUGCCGUCGGGCCUCCACAAUUGCCAUUCGGAUCUCGUCUAUUUCGUUCACGAUCAACACGCCGGAAUCAGCGCCUUCGCAAAUCGCCCUGCUCACGAGUCUGAGAGGAACGCCCACUUUGCUGCUGUUGGUCUUCUCGUCCCCUUGACAUAUGGUCGUCUGGGUCGCAGCUGGCUGCACGCGAACCACCUUCGCCGUUUGGUCGCCAACAUAGUCGACGAUGCUGACAACACGAAUGCGCUUGAAGAAUACUGGGAACACAACCGCAUGACCGACUCCGACGAACCACGCCCUGACCAUGACGAACACUCCACCCGACGGAAGCCUCGUGCACUGUCUGAUGCUGCAGGCCUGCACCCUACCAAUCCUACUUUGUCUCAGGACCAUCCUGCCAUGUCCUUGGCCCAUGAUUUCGAUAUCUUCGGCCCACUCAUCUUCCCGCUCCAGAGAGCCGCACUUCUCAAGAAAAGCAUAUUGAUCAUGUCGUCCGCACCCGUCCAACCCGCCUGUAAUCUUGUCUACAAUCUAUCCGUCCUGUCAAAUAUCCCCUCUUCGGCAGCCGAACUGGCCCAAAAGAAGGACCCCUUGUACCCACUCAGACCUUUGUUUAAUGUCGGCAUCCAUGACAUCGACAAUCUUUCUCGAUUGGCCAGCAAAACCAAGCCACAGAAUUCCUGGAUCGCAUGCACCACCGAUGAUAUACUGGCGACCAAAUCUAAGCUUUACGACGUACUGGUUGAAUUACCGCCACCCACAUCCGAUGCUUCUGCCGCCAGACGUUGGCCUCGAAUUCGUACUUCCUCUGGUGAAGACAUCAAGGCUACUCAACGCGAUUUGAGACGCUACUACACCCUCAAACGGGAACUGACUAGUAUUCAACAUCAAAGCCGAACAUACACUGAUAGAGAAGCCGAGGACUCGGUCGACGAAGAUUCGAGCGAAAGUGUACCUUUAGUACCAUCGAGCCAAGACAAAAAUAUCGAUUCUGAUCAAUACAUCCAGCUUGAAGGAGAAUCAAAACUGGUCGAGCCUUCUUCAUGGGCCUCCAUCGCCUACACUAGUUUCCUAUGGUGGGCUUCGGCUGGGGAAAAAGAUGCUUUGUUGAAUGAUGAGGCAUGUCAAGAUGCAAGGUUGAUAGAUGAUUUGCCUUUGCCAGCUCCGAGCAAGCAGAGUCCGGGCAGCGGCAAGAGGCGUUCUUCGGACCACAAUGAAUUAGAAGGGAUCAACGUGAAGUCUCAAGCGGUGGCGGUGAUCUUGAUAGCCUAUGCACACCGCCUGACUGCGCUGGUUAUGGAGACAUUGGCCGAAACUGUUGAAGCUGCCGACGCUGAGGCGGAACAUGGAAACGAGAGUACCAUAACCAUUCACAGCGAAGACCUUAGAAGGAUGGGGUUGGACGAAUGGAGCAAGAGUGAUGGGGAGUUUGUCAAAGAGAUGGCCGCACUGUACUUUGGACGGGAGCACGUCCAAACGGUCGGGCGGACGGUUGAUCUCUGUGGCAUUAAUGUGUGUUGA